AUGUACAGCACCAUCCAGCAAAAGCAAUGUCGCUUCCUCUCAGCACCGAAAUACGCUGUAGUUGGGGCAUCCAACAAUACCACUAAAUUUGGCUUCCAAAUCUUAAAAUGGCUGCACGAACGAGGCAAAGAUGUUGUGUCCGUGAACAUUAAGCCAGAAAAUGUUCUAGGACUUGAAUGCUACGAAUCUUUGUCACGAUUGCCCGAGCCUACACAUACUGCAGUGGUGAUGGUAGUCCCGCCCAAGGCGACACUAGAGGUGUUACAGCAAGCCGAAAGUCUUGGCAUAUUUGCAUUCUGGCUAGAGCCUGGGACCGAGGACGAGGAUGUCGUCACGUUUAUCCAGGCCAAUUCGGCAUUGGACGACAUAUCACUGUACGAUACCCCACAUGCUGUUCAGCCACUCGCAAACGGUGUCCUCCCAGUCAAGAGGAUUGGCCCGCCGUGUAGUGGUAUAAUCUCCGUCGGCGAUCAAGUUCUUGAUUCGUUGGAGAAAGAUGCUCUUGCCAACCCAGUCAAAGUUGUUGUCCCUGAUGCUGUACCAGACCAAGUCGAAGCGGAAGAUACUAGUAGCAUCCCUUCUUCACCAGUCAGCGACACAUCCACAACGCCUACAUUGAUCGCAGACAAUGUUGUCGCUGGUGUCAAGCGGCCGGCCCCGUCGAGGACACCAACACCACAACCCAGAAAGUCGCUGAAGCUGGAAACAAGCGACCUCGAUAAACAGUGCACGAGAUCGACCUUGGCGGUGCAGUCCCAGGGCUAG